AUGGCUGCUAGUGAUGUCCUGGUGGCUCUGGCCCGCUCCCACUUCCACUUUGUCAUGUCCGAGCUCCAGAGCCACCUGAAGGCCAUGGGGAAGGUCCCUGAUGAGAUUGUGCUCCUCACCUUGGGCAAAAUGGCCCACAGCUACGCCCUGCAGUGCAUCCCCUUUGUGGGAAUGACGCUGCUCGCCCUGCGCGCCGUGCUGAGCCGGGUGGGGAGCGGCCGGAUCCUGUGCGCCGUCUGCAGUGUUCUGGAGCAAUGGUCGAAAGGAGUCAAUACGUACUUUGGCAAGCGGGAGCAAUGCUCCUUCCCUCGCAAAGGGGCAGCGGCACGGUUCUCUGAAGCCAUUUACCCGGUCUUCUGCUAUGUGGUGGAAAAUUGGCUGGACUGCAGGGAGGAAGAGGCCAAGCAGGCUGUCCUCGGGGCGGUGGCUGCCAUGAUGAGUGUCCUUCUGCAUGAGGAGCAGCACCGCGAGCAUGCCUGGGAGCAGCUCCUCUGGCUCCUGCACCAAUAUGGGGAGGUCCGAGACCCCUCCCGGGUCACCAAGAGCCUCAGCUAUGUCCUGGAGACGCUGGAGGGAGUUCAGACCCCAGUCCCACGGGGCACGGCUCUUGCCAUCAGCACUGCUGUGCACCGCCAGCUCUCUGAUGUGACCAAAGAGCCGGGCCCGGCCCAUAAGGCAGUGCUGUCCCGCUGUGUCGUGCUGCAGGCACAAAUGUACGCCGAGGAGACUGUCGCGUUUCUACGCUCCCAGCUGAGCGGUGGGAGUGAGGCCGGUCGCGUGGCAGCCGUGGGCCUGCUGGCAGUGCUGGUCCGCUCUGACGCACCUGCGACGAGAGAGAAGCUGCCCCAGGUGGUGGAGGCUGUGGGGUCAGUGUGCGAUGACCCCAGUGCCCAGGUGCGGAGGGCAGUUCUGGAGUUCAUCAGGGAGCUGCUCAGCUCUGUCGGCCAGAGCUGCUGGGCAUGGGAUGUGGUGGGGCACAUCUUCACGGAGUUCAGCCGGACCUCGGGCAGACUGGUGGCAGGAGGCCUUUUUCCCUGGGAAACCCAGGAGGAUGGAGCUCUUCGAGCCCUGUGCAUGGACAUCCUGGGCUCGCUGGAUGUCUCUCUGAGAGGGAUGACACGACUCCUGUGGCCGAGGCUGCUGCAGUAUGUCGUGCCAGCCCAGUACAGUGGCAUGCUGGUCCCGCUCUCCCACUGCCUCCAAGCCCUAGUUGAGAGACGGGAGAGAGCAGGGUGCAAGGAAGAAGAGGAGGAGCCAGAUGCCACAGAGUCCCAGGAGCAAGCCCAGCUGCCGGCUCCCCAGGCCCUCUUGGCUCGACUGCUGGUGGUGGCCGCAGCUCCUUACAGGAGUGGCGAACGCGCAGUCGCUGCCUUGCAGCUGCUGCAGGCCCUCCACGGCAGGAUCCACCGAGCCUUGGGGGCGGUGUGGGCAACCGAGGUCCCCCUCCUGCUGCAGUACCUGGAAGGAAGAACUGAGAGCUCCCUGGACUCUGCAGAGUGGGAGCACCGUGUGCUUAAGUUCCUGCGAGCCUCACUGGAGCCCAUCGAGGACAAGGCGUGGACCGUGGGCCUGAGCCAGGAGCUGAGCCAGCAGCUGGGCAGCUCUGCCCCCAGCUCCUGGGAGAAGCUAUUCCUGCACAAGGCUCUUGGGACGGCGCUGGCAGGUUGUCAGGACCUCAGACACGUCCAAAGGCAGGUGCUGAGGUUCCUCCAGGAGACAAACCCUGUGGAGUUGUCUGAGGUCCAGGGAAUGAUUUCUGUUGUGGCCCGUGCUGCCGAGGAGCACUUCCACCUGGUUUUAGACACGGUGACCAUGUUCUCUGCUGCUCUCACCAGAGACUGGUUCUAUCAGACUUCCAUGGGCUGGAAGGUAAAGGAUCCAGGAUUUUGUUUGCUUUUCCUUUUUUUGGCCUUCUUUCCACUUCUACGGCUGCAGCAGGUACGGCAGCAGCACACUACGGAGCGAGCUCAGGCCACUUGCGCUGUUCUCAUGCGCACCUACAGCGGCAUCGCACGGCAUGCCCCCAAGGAGCAGCUGCUCAGCCACGUGGAUAAAGAAAUCAUGGUCAACAUCCUGCGGCUCUCCACAGCCAAACAGAGGGCAUCGCAGCUCAAGCUCGCCCUGGUGCAGAGCAUCACCGAGGUCAGCUGUGCCAUCCAGGCUGUGGGCGACUGCGGCAGCUUUGAGCUCUCCUUAAAGCAGGAGGCGACGCGGACCCUGCUGGACUGGAUAAAGCGGGAGCCCUGCGACUCCCUGGUGUAUGGAGUGUUUCAGGCCCUGGAGGAGUUGAGCAAGCUGCGGCCACCUCUGAGUAGGGAGGAAAGUCGCAAGCUGCUGUCAGUGUGCUGCCAGAGCGUCUUGUCCUGUCCUUCCAAGGCGCGGAUGAACAGGGGAAGGAAGACAGUGAGGGCAGCUGUGAACAUGCAGCUUCUGCACAGGAGAGGCUUGGAAGAUCUGGGCCAUCUCAUGGGAACCCUUCUGGAGGCAGAGGAGACCUCUGUCUGCUUUGACGACAUGGUCCACGUCCUGAAGGGCUGGCUCACCUCGGCCAAAGAAUGGGAGCGGGAGAGAGCCCUGCACGUUUGCGCCCACGUGCUGGGAGCUUGCAAGGAGCGAUUUGAGCUCAUGGUGAGUAGGGACCCCUCUGCGUGCCCUGGUGCCCCCUUCCCACGGUGAUUCCUGGCCCCGGAAGGGAGCCCUGCCCAAGCAGAUACUGGGUUUUGGGGCUCCUGGGAUUAUGGGACAGCCCUUCUGCCUGGCCCUCU